AGUCCAUUCCAUUUUGGUUAAAAAGGAAAGGUCGGAGUGAUCGUGUGGUGCUCAGAAGAGCGUUUGUGAUGAAGUUUCGAAUAGAUGUAGACUUGAAUGUAUCUUGCGAAGAUUUUUGGAAAUAUCGUUCACACUCAAAGUUAUUAUCUUAUCAAGUUGAGCGAGGUGGUUUGGAUAGAAUAGAAACCAUCGAGGAAGGUGUUUUGGAGAGCGGAACACAUUUCCGGCGAAUGCAUAUAUUUCCCAAAAUGGAGUUUCUUGAGCUUUCGAAAACUAUUAAACAUAUUGUUGAACAGAAGUUUACUGGUUUGCACGAUUAUCAGUGGUGGGAAGAAGACGGAAGUCUUAUACAGUGCUUUGAAACUAGACCCUUGGGGUUUUUGGCCCAUCAUGUACUUACUGAAGGAAAGAUGGAGUUGACAAGAAUAUCUGAUACUAUUUGUCGUUAUAGUUUGACAGGAAGUGUAGAUGUUCACUUUUUAGGAUUAGGUCCUAUUGUAGAAGCAGCAGUGGUUCAUAAUAUGAAGAAAUUCUACAAGGGAGGUUUCAGAGACUCUGUCAACGAAUUCUUUCAGCGCACUUUUUUGGGGGGUGAGGAGUUUUCAGCUCUUGAUUGCAACAAUACUAUUCAGAGUAUGACACCGAAGACAAUCAGGAGUUGUGAAGAUGUAUAAAGAUAUUCUUUUAGCCUUAUUUCUGUAUAUUCUUAUCAUGUAUAUUU